GUGGAAUUUUAAGCAUUGCCCUUGAUAUUAAUGCGUGUAAAGAUUCAAGCUUUCAUGUUGGAUAUCAGUUUUUUGUUUGCAUAUUCAUGUGGGUCAUUGUUGUGUGUCUCAGUUUCAGCAAAAUGAUAAAGGUGUAAGUGCGAUGUGAGGAGGGUUCUUCUUUCUAUUUGGUUCAAGGUUAGCUUUGUGUACUUUUCAACUUGAAGAAUGAAUUUGUUUGUGGGGUAGAUUUCAUUUCUUGCUUGGAAGUUACAACACCCUAUUUGGCAAAAGUAAGGAUUUUUUGGAAAUUAGAGUGAAGUGGACAUUUUUUUUUUAGAAGCAAAAGGAUGAUACAGUUGUUGUUUUUGGUGCUUUUUGCUGAGGGUGUUCUGGCAUUCCUUUUGUUGGUGAAGAUAGGGCCAUUGAGAGAUCUUGUGAUAAAGAGUCUGGAUCAGCUGAAGAUGGGUAAGGGUCCGGCUACAGUGAAAACUAUUGCUGGUACCAUGUCUGUGAUUCUCCUUUCAAGCCUUAUGAGCAUUGUUAAGAUCCAGAACAAAGGUGCUAAGCUUGGUACUAUGUCACCAAUGGAUCAAGUUCUGUGGAGAACUCACUUGCUUGAGGCUUCACUCAUGGGUUUUACAUUAUUCCUUGGAUUCCUAAUUGAUCGCAUGCAUCAUUAUCUCCAAAAACUUAUUAAUUUAAGGAGUAACGCGGGAGCUUCGAAAGAAGAAUUAGAAAACCUUAAAAAAGAAACUGUCCAGCUCAAAGAAGAGGAAGGGAAAGCUUCCAAGGAGAUAAAACAGCUGAAGGAGGAUCUUUCAGUGAUGUCAGAAAGUUUGAAAAAGAUAAAGUUGGAAUCUGAAGAGAAGGACACAAGAGUUGAGACUGCUGAAGCUCAUGUUGCUUCCCUCCAAAAGCAAGCUGCAGAUCUACUACUUGAAUAUGACAGACUCUUGGAAGACAACCAAAAUCUUCAGGCUCAAACACUGGGACGCAAGAGUUAAAUAAGGAAAGAGACUCAGAUGCAUUGAUAAACAUUGUUUUGGGGAAGAGAUUCAUCAGAAAAUCAUCUUUAUUUUGGAAAGAUGUAAAGGUUCAUUUUUGGUCCUUCCUGAAAAUGCAAGAUUGACCAUAAUAGCUCUCUGCUCAAGUUUAUAAAUUUUGUAGUUCCCUUUAAACUUGAUCACCAUUUUGUUAUUAGAUGGUUGCUUAACAAUUGCCCAUCUAGUUUUUUUUCUUUCCUUUUUUUGAUUUG